CUCAAUUCCCAGCAGAGAAAAAAACCAGAAUGAGGUGGGAGAACCAGAGCAAUGUGUCCAGGUUCCUUCUGCAGGGGCUCCCAAUUGGCCCAGAGCAGCAGGGCGUGUUCUUUGCUCUGUUCCUGGGCAUGUACCUGACCACGGUGCUGGGAAACCUGCUCAUCAUCCUGCUCAUCAGGCUGGACUCGCACCUCCACACCCCCAUGUACUUCUUCCUCAGCCACUUGGCCUUCUCUGACAUCUCCUUCUCAUCAGUCACUGUCCCAAAGACAUUAAUGAGCAUGCAAACUCAGGAUCAAUCCAUCCCCUACGCAGGAUGUGUAACACAGAUGUAUUUUUUCAUACUUUUUGGCUGUCUUGACAAUUUCCUCCUCGCGGUGAUGGCAUAUGACAGAUAUGUGGCUGUCUGUCGCCCGCUGCACUAUGUCACUGUCAUGAGGGAGGAGCUGUGUGCCUUCCUAGUAGCUGGGUCCUGGCUCUUUUCUGGAGCUCAUGCCCUGUUACACACUGUCCUCCUGGCUCAGCUGUCCUUCUGCGAUGACAUUCCCAUCCCCCACUUCUUCUGUGAGCUCACUGUCCUCCUGAAGCGGAGCUGCUCAGACAUCUCCCUUAAUGAGCUGAUCAUCUUCACUGAGGGGGGAAUGCUUUUUAUCCUGCCUUUGAGCAGCAUCUUAGGCUCUUAUAUUUGUAUUGGUACCACUGUUCUGAGGGUCCCCUCCACUAAGAGGGUCUUGAAAACCUUUUCUACCUGUGGCUCUCACCUUUUUGUGGUGUCUUUAUACUACGGGGCACUUGCAGGUGUCUAUUUUUUCUCUCUGUCACAGAACCCCAGUGACAAGGACAUAGGUGUUUCUGUCAUUUACACAGUAGUCACUCCCAUGCUGAACCCUUUCAUCUACAGUCUGAGGAACAGAGAUAUCAAACAGGCCUUUGAAAUAUUUGUCAAUAGGUUUAGCUCCUUUAAAUGGAUAUCACUAAAUCUUAUUUGAGACAUGAGUGCUGAGGGAUAUGAUUCCUAAAAUAUUUACAUGGUUGAUAAUCCCACAUAGAUUUAAAAUAAUACAUGUAUGUAUUCCUCUCUUACAUGAUGGAUAACUCCACACACAUUUAAAAUA